UCUGGCUCUAGCUCAAUUGCAGCAAGUCUGCUUACUGUACUCCGCCCUCCGCGAGCGAUCUGCUGACGCUCUGCAGGCCGUCCGUCGUUGCCCAGUAGUGGCAGAUGUUGGGCAACGCGGCGUCCCCUGUUGCGUUGAUCGCAAUUCUUUUUUCCCAUGGGCUUGCGCGACACGUAGUCCCGAGCGAUCGCCACGGCGCUGUCUCCCGCGCCCGCGACGUGGCCAAGCCAUCAUGGCAGCAGAUGGGAUCCGUCCGCGCCCACGACAUCCUUUCCGCAACAUGGCAGCAGAUAGGGUCCGACUUAGACGGAGAUGUUGCGGUCGGUCAUGCCUCCGUUUCCAUGAGCGCCGACGGCAGCCGCGUCGCCAUGGGUGCACCGGAAGCAGCUGAAGGCGUUGGCCGCGUCCGCGUCUAUGAUUGGGCAGGGGGGGCGUGGGUGCAAGUCGGGCCCGACCUCAAUGGGAACGCUAUUGGUGACGGGUUUGGAAUGGCUGUGGCCCUCAGUGCCGACGGCAGUCGCCUCGCCACUGCUGCCACCUCCUCGGGCAACGCCCGCGUCUAUGAAUCGGCAGGGGGGGCGUGGCAGCAGGUUGGAUCCGAUAUCUCCGGAGCAGCAGGCGCAGGAGGCUAUCAAUUCUCUCUUAGCGCCGACGGCGGUCGCGUUGCCAUGGGUGAUACGAACGGCAUGGUGCGCGUUUUUGGGUGGGCGUCAGGCACGUGGCAGCAGAUGGGGGCUGACAUCUACAUCUACGGAGGAUUUGCUGUCGCGCCGGCCUUCAACGCUGACGGCAGCCGCGUCGCAGCCGGAGCACCUUAUUGCAGUACAGGAGGCUUCAGAUUUGGCUGCGUCCGCGUCUACGACUGGGUUGGGGGUGCGUGGCAGAAGGUGGGGUCCGACAUCACCGGGACACAACUCCACGAGAGGACGGGCGUGUCAGUGUCCCUCAGCGCAAACGGCAGUCGCGUCGCCGUCCCUGGGUAUUACUACGACGACAUCCGCGGCCGCGUCCGCGUCUUUGAUUGGGAAGGAGAUGCGCGGGUACAGGCGGGAUCCGCUGUCGCCGGGGACGCUUCUUGGGAUCAAUUUGGCCUGGCUGUCUCACUGAGCGCAGAUGGCACCCGCCUCGCCGUUGGUGCCUUCCCGCAACAGCAUCGCAGCCAACGAAGUAGGUACGUCCGCAUCUACGACUGGGCAGACAAUGCGUGGCAGCAGGUGGAAAGCUUCUCUAAUGUCGGCAGCUCUGUGUCCCUCAGCUCCGACGGCACAAGCCUCGCCGUUGGUACACCAGGGUGGGCGCCGAUCGUCAGGGUCGUCCGCAUCUACGGCUUGGCGGGUGAUGCAAAGCGCUUCGCGCUUUACCGCUCGCACAGUCUGUUCCCAGACAGGACCGACGGUAGCCCCGCGGCGCGGCGAACCAAUGCCGAGACCUAGCGUGUGUUGGAGUGUGGUCUGAGUAGAUCCCAAAUUCUGUAGCAUACGAUCGCUCUUGCCUGGACAUAGAGCUUCUUGUUGACGCUUCGCGUAUCCCCACCAAACUUGUCCGCCGUGGUGAUGCCUGAGGCCCCGCCGGCUUUUGGUAAGUCGACUUUGCGCGGCCUGCUCUGACUCGACUCGCCGUUUGCGCUCUCGCUUGCGGCCUGCUGAUUGAACAAUCCCCACCAGACACUUGACGCCGGUAGCCGGGCGCGCUAGACUCGUCUCGCGUCGGUUCACUCUCCUUCUCUCGUUUUUCCUCGUGUCCGCCUUCGGUCCUUCUCCCUGCAUCCCAGCCAAUUCGCUCGGCCGCGCCCCGAUCGACCCGCCCGCGCCCUCGCUCGAUGGCGCUGCUGACAAACACGUGCUCCCACCAUCCCGUCCAGCAACGA